AUGAACCUGGAAAUUAUUGAACUAGAAGUGGAAAGAAUAGCCCAAUUAUUUGCCCAAGCCCGAAAUCUAAAAAUCAAAGUGUUUUUUGGCAAGAUGGGAGAUAAGAACUUCCCUCGAAAAACCAGAGACCCUCGCCGAGGAUAUACUACUCAUAAUAAAACCCUAGAAAGAUAUGAAAUUCAUAUUAGAUUAGACCGCAAUAAUGGAACUAGAAAAGGAAAAACACCUGAAAGCUCACGACCCUCUAUUUUGAAAACUCCUGGACGAGAAAACUUUCCCUUUCGUGGAAGCCAACUUAUCCGAAUUCGCGAAGAAACUAUCCAAGGUCAUCUUAGUGCUCGAGCCAUGGUCUCCACGGCCAAGAAAAAUAAGGAUAAAUACCAGAUUAUCAUUUAUGCCCGUGAGGGAGAAAACAUUCCUUUUUUAGUCGCCAAAUUACAAGACCUCGGAUUGAAGUGUGAUUUUAGAUGGAUUUAA